AGGGUGGUGUAUAGUGAGAUGGAAAGCUGACAGGAAAAAGAAAGCUUUGCUUGUUUUGGGGUAGACACAACUACAGAAAUGGCCAGGACAUUGCUUAAGUUUUCUGAGGACUUAAAGAGGUAAACUAGAGAAAACUGUUCUUGUUUAUUCUGCUUUUUAAUUUCUGUGUAUAGAAAAUGAUUUGGGUUAAACAGGGGUUUCCUUGAGGAAUGCUAUCUCUUUGCUUGAAAUAUGCCUUUUUCCCCCCUUUUCUUUGUGGGUUUUUUUUUUUUCCUCCUAAGGAAGAAGUUUAGCUUUCAUUUUGCUUUAGAAGUGGACUUGGGAAACUUUCUGAAUCAGCAGCCUACAGCUUUAGCUCACUUGUAUUGCUUAAAAGAGUUUUAUGCCAUGGAGUGCAAAUAAAAGUUAUGUGAUGUACUGCUGCAGUAUGUUACACCGUAGGCAUACCUACAAUGCUCUAAAACUCCCAGCUUAUCUUGGUGUUUGUAUCAUUAUUCAAGAACCACGUUAUUUCUUGGCUGCUAAAACAGUAGCAUGAGUCCUUCAGUUUUGUCAACAGGGCGGCUUGCAGCGAGCUGCUCUGAGCACAUGCUGACGGGGGCUCAUCUUGCUGGCACUCAGGUUCCUCUGGCAGGGCUCUUGUGGUAAGCAAUUGUGGCAAGGAGAUUUGAACGAAUUGGUUUCAGAGCAAACCUGGAUUCAUAAGGUUGCUCUUGAGUGGGAAGAAAAAAAAUAAUUGGCCGUGGUGGUGAAGUUCAUUAAAACUGCUGAUGUAAAUAAUACGUGAUGGUGCUGUUAAAAUAUAGGAAACAAAAAAUAUAUUUUUACAUGUGUUGAUGAGAUUGGGCAGCAUUUUGUAAGCUACUCAGUUGUUAUGCCAAAUCAUUCUAAUCCUCAGGUAUGCUGGUGUAUUGUUAGGUUUGCUAUUAGUAAGCAAUGUAGCUUUUUUUUUAAAUGUCUUAACCCCUUUGUAACUACUACUGGAGUAUCUGAACCUACGAUGAAAUAUAUCACUUGCAGUCUUGGAAAAAGUGCUUUUGUUAUAAAAGAAACAAAAUUUGGUUAGCACAGUGAAAGCAACUUCCAUAUAGUAAUGCUGUGCAAAUUUGGACAGUGCUUGUUUACUUAGAAAGGAAUUUUUUUCUGGAGUUCUUUAGGUCAGUUGGGCAAAUACUCCGCUGAGCAUAGUUGCCAAGUGUUCUCAGUGUUGUUGGGGAUGUAUACAUCAGUGCAUACAGUGCUGUCUUUUAUUUCACGUUUUUAAGCUGUUAUUCUGUGUCUACAUACUUAAUUCAUGCACAUCACAGAUUUGUUGAUUGGUAGAGGAGAAGCUGAUAAUUUUGUUCUUAAUAUAAACAGCACUGAGCAUGCCUUUUUAUUUCUCAUCCUUCGUUGGAAUAAGGAAUUCCUUGCAGUAUUUAAAACAGAACGUAUUGAUUCUCCCUAUAAUGCUUUGCUAGAACAAUAGCUUUCCUUUUUCUGUGCAUGAAGUGGCUCAAGAAAGUGUUGGCCCCUUCGUUGCUGUAAUAGUGGUUAACUCCUUUGCAGAAGAGGCUGCUGUUUUAGUCUGCAGAUGCUUGACUUGCAGAAAUGUCAGCUAGCAUACAGCCUUGCUCUCGCAAGGGAUGGAUAAGGAUGGAGCGUCAAUGUGACGUAAAUGUAAUUUGUGAAGAUCACUUAAAAUGUAGUCUGGAAUUAUGGGGUAACUCUGCACUGCCCUGAAAUCCAUUUUAAUUCAUCAUCCCUUGUUAAAUGUGAAGAAACUGCUUCUUCUGUAGCUCAAAUACUUUUUAUGAGGGUGAAUACAAAAUACAGCAUCUAGACCUAUAAUCAUUUUGUCAGAGAUGACAUGCAAGAUCCCUGACCUUGUCACGUGUGGAAAUCUCUAUGCAGCAUGAGUACACCACCUGGGUGAACCAAACAUGAGACGUGUAGUAGGUUUGUUGCAACUUCAGUGUCCUCUAAAGGAUCCAAAAUGGAGUCUGACAUUGUGUGUUUUCACACAGUUCUAAUGUCUUGUUUUUUCUUGCUUAUAAGGCUUUCACAAAUGAUGAAGGUAGAUAUCUGCAGAAGCAAGAAAAAAAAAAACAACAAAGCUAAAUCUGUGCAAGAUGUGUACAAAAUAAUAAUAAUAAAGAAAGACCAAAAACAAAACCCUCGGCUUGUGAACUGGAGGAAUGGUGGGUUUUUUAUGUCUAGUUACAAACACCAUUUUGAAAUGACUGUUCUGCUAGGAAGUAAAAAGCGAGUGGACAAAGAUAGUGGUGUAUUUCAUCCUCUGCCACCAGUGGGAAAGCAGCUGUUAAUACCGGUGGAGUGUAGGCUUAAUCUUUCAGCUUCAGAUCAGUUGCAUCUUUACAAGUCUUAUUUUUUAGUCUUAUAUUUCUGUGCAUUGCUGUCGUGCUGUUUGUCAAGCUGUGCACUCCUGAGCUCAAGACAGUGGAACUCAAGUUAAGGUACAGCUGUCAUCUUGUUCAGGUUGUCUUGUGCAGGACAUCUUGUCAGCAUUGCAGUAAUCCAUGUAAUAAGAAAUGCACAGUCAUUAAAAAUAAGAGAACCUACCCUGAACGUUCUGCUUUCUUAAAUUAAGAUUUGUGGGGGAGGGAAUGUAGCUUUUAAUGAAGAGCCGAUGAAGGAACUGAAGCAGAAAUAAAAAGCAUGCACUGCCUUUGACUGAUGAAUACACAAAACCACUACUUUUUAUAUUAAUCCAUCUGAUUGGUUGAGUGAUUGUAAAUACUAUCGUGUAAGGUGAUCUUCAGGAGGAAUCUGAAGGUAGGAGAUGUUGUUCCCCUAUUGAUUCAUGGAGCCUUCAGAGGAGAGGAGAGUUGGGAGAGGGUGAAGAAUGUGUUGAAUCUGUUAUCACUGGUAGAGUAAAGCAAUAAGAGAUGACUUGCAAAUUUAGAGCGGCAUUCGCUCUCUUACUAAGAAAAAGCUUAGAAAUACACUGAGUGACUCAAAACUGCAGUGAAACAAGUUGAUAAUGGAGAACUUCACAACAGAGAUGUGAUCAGCAUGAGAGAAAAGAUGGUCCUGGUGGUAUUACAUUCAAUCUAUGUACAGGGGUAUGGGGGAGAACAGAGGAAGAUGAUCAGAAUGUACUUGAGACAGGGAGGAAAAGAUGAAAUUUGGGAGAUGUUCUGAGAGCAUGGGCAACAAGCCAAAGGUGCCAUGUGUGGGUGAGGGACCUGCAACAAAUACGCUUAUGCAAUGGUGUUAUGCUUUUACUGUUGACAAAACAGUGAGAGAAGGCUGAGCUAACUUGUGCCACAGGGAGCAUGCUACUAGGAGCUGUGCGCUAGCCAUGCAUAGUGGGUGGUGUGAAGCAAGAAUAGAAUUGAAAGGGCAUGGAAGAGGAGAUGGUUUGUGCUUCGGAGCGGCCGUUUAACAGGAGAUCCAGAUGUAUUGGAAUACUACAAAAAUGACCAUGCCAAGAAGCCUAUCCGUAUUAUUGACUUAAACUUGUGUCAGCAAGUGGAUGCUGGAUUAACAUUCAACAAAAAAGAAUUUGAAAACAGCUAUAUUUUUGACAUCAACACUAUAGACAGAGUCUUCUAUUUGGUGGCAGACAGCGAGGAGGAGAUGAAUAAGUGGGUUCGAUGCAUCUGUGAUAUCUGUGGGUUCAACCCUACAGAUGAGGAUGCUGUGAAGCCCCCGGUCAGUUCUUUACAAGCAUCUGCUGAGUUACCCUUGCCCAUCAAUACUUCACCUCCUUCCAUGCAAGCAGAAUCUUCCCUACCUCCUCCUUAUCAGCUUAUUAACAUCCCCCCACUGGAGUCUUCCUCUAGUCAAGAAGAUCCUCAGGACUACCUACUGUUAAUAAACUGCCAGAGUAAAAAACCUGAACCUACGAGCCAAGGGUCACCCUUUAUCUCUGAAGAAGGGCAGGAAUACCUUCUCUUAGAAGAUUUUGAAAGUAAAAAGGUUCCACUGCAAUCUCAUGCUGACUCUGCAAAAUCCAGCUCUUCUGAAACAGACUGCAAUGAUAACGUGCCCUCCCACAAAAACCCCGCUCCAUCCAUGAGCAAGCAAGCUGUGAAUGGCUUUUUUCAGCAGCAAGGUGUCUAUGACUCUCCGCCUUCUCGUACUGGACUACCAUUGGCAGACUCCAGCCUUUAUAACCUGCCUAGGAGUUACUCACAAGAUGUUUUACCGAAGGCAGCGUCUCCGACUGGGACUGAUGCAGAAGGCGAGCAGCAUGUGUUCAAUACCCCAUCAGCAACAUCGUCAUUAGAUGCACAGAUGAGGCACAUCUCCAUUAGUUACGACAUUCCCCCCACACCUGGAGGUACUUAUCAGAUUCCACGAACUUUUCCAGAAGGAACAUUGUCUCAGACUUCAAAAUUGGAGACUAUUCCAGAUAUUCCUCCACCUCGGCCACCAAAACCUCACCACGCUGCGGAUCGAUCUCCUGUGGAAACAUGUAGCAUUACUCGCACAGCUUCAGAUACUGAUAGUAGCUAUUGUAUCCCUACAGCAGGAAUACCACCCUCACGCAGUAAUACCAUUUCAACUGUAGAUUUGAAUAUCUUUCGUAAAGAAAUUAGUUCUCAAGACUGUUAUGAUAUUCCACGAACGUUUCCGAAUGACAGAUCUAAUUCAUUGGAGGGCUUCCAUAACCACUUUAAAAACAGAAGCAUGUUGACAGUGGGAAGUGUUUCAAGUGAAGAACUAGAUGAAAAUUAUGUCCCAAUGAAUCCCAACUCUCCUCCACGACAGCAUUCCAGCAGCUUCACUGAACCCAUCCAGGAAACAAAUUAUGUUCCAAUGACACCAGGCACGUUUGAUUUUCCGUUAUUUGGAAAGCAAGUCCCUCCUCCCUCUCACAUGGGUUUCAGGUCCAGUCCAAAGACCCCUCCCAGACGGUCAGUGCCUGCUGAAAAGUGUGAACCACCGCCAGUGGAUCGGAACCUCAAGCCAGACAGAAAAGGUCAAAGUCCUAAAAUUUUAAGACCUAAACCACAUGGUUUAGAGCGAACUGAUUCACAAACCAUAGGUGACUUUACUACAAGAAGAAAGGCAAAACCAGCUCCACUAGAAAUAAAACCUCUGCCUGAAUGGGAAGAAUUACAAGCCCCAGUUAGAUCUCCUAUCACCAGAAGCUUUGCACGAGACUCCUCCAGGUUCCCCAUGUCUCCCAGACCGGAUUCAGUUCAUAGCACAACUUCCAGCAGUGACUCGCACGACAGUGAAGAGAAUUAUGUAUCCAUGAAUCCAAAUCAGUCCACUGAAGACCCAAAUUUGUUCGGCAGCAACAGUCUUGAUGGAGGAAGCAGCCCCAUGGUAAAACCUAAAGGAGAUAAGCAAGUAGAAUAUUUAGAUCUGGACCUAGAUUCAGGAAAAUCUACCCCACCUCGUAAGAAAAAGAGCAGCGGUUCAGGCAGCAGUGUGGCAGAUGAAAGAGUUGAUUAUGUUGUAGUUGACCAGCAGAAAACACUUGCACUGAAGAGCACACGAGAGGCAUGGACUGAUGGGCGACAGUCUACAGAAUCAGAAACACCCACAAAAAGUGUGAAGUGAAAACACUGCUUAUUCUUCGAAGAACAGAAAAUAAUGAAUUUUGAAGAUUUAAAGAACCAUAGUGGCACUGUUGCUUGACUGUAUGGUAUUCACUGGCGUGUGAAUAGGUUUUUGACCGAAUAGGAUGGAAGCCAAAGGACACUGCAUAAGCAUCAAAGGAGUUUAAGAUCAUAAAUUGGCUAUAUGUGGUCUCUGGAAAAUUUGCAACCUGUAAAUAACAUGUAAAAUAGUACCACUUUGCUUUCAGAAAACCUUUCAUUCUGUAGUUAACACAUUUGUAGUAUUACCAUGUUUAUGCACUUUUUCAGUUAAAAUGUUGGUUCAGGUAUUCCCAGUUAGUGUACCUUAAUGCCUAAUUCAUUUGGAGAAUUUUUUUUCCUUACACUACUAUUCCUUACAAGUCUAGGUUAAUUAAGCUACAUGUAGAUAUGGAAAUUAAUAUUUGAACUUCAUUUUAACAACUUAAAAUUGAUUUUUUUGCAGAAAUGCUUUCACAAUUGAAUAAUCUACUUGAAAUGUCAAGAGGUAACCGUUAGUUACAUACUUGUUUAUAUUUAAUACAUGCAAAAGAUUAUUUGGAAGUCUAAAGGUUACCUUCCUAACAAAAAUUGCUGUGAUUUAAUAAUAAUGAACUAUACUGGGUUUAGACCUACAAUACUGGCUUAUAUGUUAGCUGUUAGUGGUGGAACUUCUAUUAUAUUUUAUUAAUGACAGUGUUCUGUGUUUGAUAGGUGAAGAUUCUGCAGGGUGGGAUCUCACACUUUUUAAGACUGAGUAAUUAAAUAUCAAGUAAGCCUGCAAACCACUGAUGGCAUGCAGUAAUAUUGUGAUCUCACACUUAUUAACAAGAAAUAACCUUUAUAUUAUUUACAGAAGGUAGAGUAUAUAAAUCAGGUACGUACCAAGCACUACUGUGCUAAUACACUGAUCAGGUUUAGACAAUGAGCUUUAGUUUUGUACUGUUUAGAAGUUCUAAUGUCAGUUUUCAGCUCAAGAUUAAUGGGACAGUUUGACAUUCACUGUUUAUAGUACUAGCAAAAUACUGUGAUUUUGAAUUAGACAUUAAUUCAAAUGGAAAUACUAUGUUUUGACACCGUAGUGCCCUUCUUACGAUCUUUAUUUUACUUUAAUCUCCUGCUUGGCCUUAUAUUUAAAUCCCUAUGCAACUGAUAUUUUGUAUCUCUGUUUUAAAAAUUAGAUAAUGUACUUAAAUGACCCCCUUGUAAACCACUCGUUCCUCUUUCCUGGUACAGGAUUUUAAGCUCUGUAUACUGUGAUCCCUUAUUUUACUAUGACAGUUCCAAAUAAUAAUCUGCCUUGAUUUAGAAACAAUGUUUUUGAUAUAUGGAAGAAAAUAGAGCUGUUUGAAUACAUGAACAGGAUAGAUCUAGGUAGAAAACUUACUAAUGCUUUUUUUUUUUCUACACAAUUGCCCUUGAGUAAGCUAUUGGUUUUGUUUUCCCACCCCAUUGUUUUAUUUUGUCCAGGUCACUUAAAAUUUGGGUAUACAGCUGUUUUGUUUUCUGGCAUGUUGGCCUUAGUACUGUGCCUAAUCUACCGUUUGUUGGUUCUCUCCCCUCACAACCACAAUCUACCAUAUGUAAAUUAUGUUAUUUUUAACGAAGGUUCUUUUAAAAUUAGUAAUAUUUUGAUGCUUUGAAUGUUCAUUAAAAAAAAAAAAAACACAACAAAACUAAACAAUGGAUUUUGAGGUGAAUUUUAAAUAAAUCAAGUUGUUCAGUUUC